AUGGAGCUGAACCUGAGUGAGGCCAACAGCAGUGUGCCCUGGGACCUGGAGCCACAGCCCGCCUGGAGCCUGGGCCCGGAGAACCUGGUGGCCCUGGCGGCCUUUGGGCUCAUCUUCACGCUGGGUGUGCUGGGCAACGCGCUGGUCAUCGUGGUGCUGAGCCGCCGCCGGCCGGGCAGACCCCGCGGCCCCACCGAGCUGUUUGUGCUGAACCUGAGCGUGGCGGACCUGGCCUACCUGCUGUGCUGCGUGCCCUUCCAGGCCGUCGUGUACGCGCGCCCCACCUGGGAGCUGGGCGCCUUCGCCUGCAAGGCCUCACACUACGUGUUCACCGUGUCUAUGCUGGUCAGCGUCUUCACGCUGGCCGCCAUGGCCGUGGACCGCUACGUGGCCGUGGUGCUGGCCCGCCGCGCCCCGGGCCUGCGGGUGGCCCGCAACGCGCUGAGGGGGCUGGGCUGCAUCUGGGCGCUGUCCCUGGGCAUGGCUGCGCCCGUGGCUGCCCACCAACGCCUGCUGCACCACCAGCCGGGCAACCUGACCUUCUGCUGGGAGCAGUGGCCUGACCCACGUCACAAGAAGGCCUACGUGCUUUGUACCUUCCUGCUGGGCUACCUGCUGCCUCUCACCCUCAUCUGCUUCUGCUACGCCAAGGUCCUGACUCAUCUGCACAGCAAUCUGAAGAACAUGUCCAAGAAGUCAGAAGCCUCGAAGAAAAAGACGACGCAGACGGUGCUGGUGGUGGUGGUGGUCUUUGGCGUCUCCUGGCUGCCUCACCACGUGGUGCACCUGUGGGCCGAGUUCGGGGCCUUCCCGCUGACGCCGGCGUCCUUCCUGCUCAGGGUGGCGGCCCACUGCCUGGCCUAUAGCAACUCCUCCGUCAACCCCAUCAUCUAUGCCUUCCUCUCCGAGAACUUCCGUAAAGCCUACCGGCAGGUGUGCAGCUGCCCCCCGCACCCCCGGUCCCCGGCGCUGGACGCCAAGGAGGCCAAGAGCCGACUGGGCACGCCGCCCUCCACCAACUGCUCCCACGUGUGAGCCGGGAGCCCUGGGGCCGGCAAUGGUGGGUGCCAGGGGGUGUUACAGAACCCUGGGCCCCACCUGGUCCGGCAGAAGACGCCCUCUCAACCCCUUUCCUUCGUUUAAGAACACUUGAUGUUUUGUGUAUGGAUGGAGCCUGACCCUGAGAGAGGAGGGGACACACACACAGAAACAGAGACACCUGCAGCCCUGCUUCACACCUCCUGAAGCUCCCCCUGCAGAUGGGGACCGGGGACUUGA